CGCAUAUUAGCUUGUUGUAGGCGGCUAGACUGUGCUUUUCGUGAUCGGGCUUUUGUACUUCAGAGCGGCAAAACCGACGCCAAUCUUCCUUUGGUUGGAGUAUUGCGGGCGCCAGCGCACUUUAUGAGGGCGUAAGGUUAUGUCACUUUUGAUUGUUAAUUCUUUGUACUACACUUUCUUCCCUCAUCUUGAUCUCCUUUUAGCAGGAGGUCAGACAAACAGUAUAUCCUACCAAUCAUGGCUCCAUUUCUAUCGCCAUUCUUUCGUCAAUUGCAUUGUGAAGAAGCUCAAGAUCCAUCUUCUUCCUCAUCAAAAACGUUGGUUCAACAGGGUGGUCAAAAUGACCAAAAAGAGAAAAAUGAUGGAAACGAUAACUUCCAAUACACUAUUCCACAUCUACCCGGUGAAGGAAACUUUACCGUUUCUGCAAAAAUUAUAGCAAGACCAAAUGCUGAUGCCGCAUUCAACAGACAUUUGGAAGCAUUCAGAAGAGAGGUUGCUCUCUCUUCUCCGGGUAUGCUUACCUAUAAAACCACUGUCGUACGUGGAGCACAACCGGAGCAGAAUUUGAUCUCACACGAAUUGUACAUUCAUGAUGAUCUAGAUCCGCAUCCGAUAGCGGUAAGGCAAGCUGCUCAACAAGCAAAAGCCGCACAAGAAGAAUCUACUUCAGCAACCGAACUGGCAGAAAAGGCAAAACAAGCUCCUACUACAUUCUUGAAAGAAGCCGCUCAUUCAAUGUACAAUUUUGGUUUAGGUGGUAUUGCUGGUGCAACAGGAGCUACAUUGGUAUACCCUAUCGACCUUGUCAAAACACGAAUGCAAAAUCAAAGAUCUUCCGUUGUUGGUGAACCGCAAAUGUACAAAAAUAGUUUGGAUUGUGUUGCUAAGGUCUUCCGUCGUGAAGGAUUUAAGGGAUUCUAUUCUGGUUUGGGUCCUCAAUUGUUAGGUGUUGCACCUGAGAAAGCAAUCAAAUUGACAGUGAAUGAUUUGGUACGUGCACAUGCAAAAGAUCCAAAAACAGGUGAAAUUAAACUACGAUGGGAAUUGUUUGCCGGUGGUGCUGCUGGUGGAUGUCAAGUGGUAUUCACAAAUCCUCUAGAAAUCGUAAAGAUUCGUUUGCAAGUAGCCGGAGAGAUUGCUAAACAAGAAGGUGCCGAUCGUGUUGCUCGUGGUGCUAUUCAUAUCGUUCGUUCUUUGGGUUUAAUCGGUCUUUACAGAGGGGCAACGGCAUGUUUGCUACGUGAUAUUCCCUUCAGUGCAAUUUACUUCCCUGCCUAUGCCCAUUUGAAAAAGGAUGUCUUCCACGAAGGUGUAAAGGGUAAAAAGCUAGGAUUUGGUGAAAUGUUGAUGAGUGCAAGUGCUGCUGGUAUGCCCGCUGCAUUUUUGACAACCCCAGCUGAUGUGAUCAAAACACGUUUACAAGUUGAAGCAAGAAAAGGACAAGCAACAUACAACGGUAUUGCUGAUUGUUUUGCAAAGAUUUUAAAGGAUGAAGGACCAAAAGCAUUCUUUAAGGGAAGUCUUGCUCGUGUUUUACGAAGUAGUCCUCAAUUCGGAGCAACUUUGGUCGCAUACGAAUACCUACAAAAGUUCUUGCCAUAUCCAUUCGAUUCUAAACAAAAAGCUGAUCCCGACAAUUCAAGACCUUGGGAAGAUCCUUCAAGACAGCAUGCACGAAAUGCUAUGCGACUACUUAUGCAACUUCAUGAUGACUUUGGCAGCAAUACACCUCCUUCUGGAUUCCCCAGCAAGUGAUGUCGUCUUUUUAAUUUAGCAAUAAAUCUAAUAUUCAUACCUAGAUAAUUUGUCAUACUGAGACACAAAAUCAAUAGACAUUCAAAAAGAAAGCUCUUAAAAUGAUAGCAUUGGUUUGAAAGGAUAUAGACACAGAGAUAUUCUACUCUUCUAUUUAUACAAUCGUCAUGCUUCUACAGUCUUGCAGAACAAGACGAAUCCUUUAUCAGCCAAAACUCCGCGAUCGCGAAUCAAGACUGUAUAUUUUAGCAGCCAAACAGGUUCUAGCCUUUUAUUGGAAGACAUGGCAUGUGGUAUCCUGCCUUCGAAUUCACCUAGCAAAGUUGGUAAACAACGUUCGGGCAAAAUAUCCUUUUGAUCAUUGUGAGCGACCAAUAAAACAUUCUCUUCUUUACAGUAUUCUGCCAAUCCACG